AUGGAUUCGGCGAAGAGCUUUGUAUUAUUAUUUGACUUCCUUCCUUUCCCCCCUCUCUUUCUUUCGUCCCCCAGUUCAAGAUGGAAGCGAAGUGACGUCUCUCCACUUUAUCAUCUCACCAUCCGACGGCGGUGGGAACGCGGCGACGCUCCGACUUCUCUCACCUACAUUUCGCCGGAUCAAAUCCUGGGGCACACACAGCCGGCGCAUCACCGUACCAAGGGAAUCGCGAUACCUCAAGAGUCAGAAGGGGGGAACGCCUAA